AUGUCGCGUGGGAUGAUGAUAACGCAGAGAGGAAAAAGGUCCGAGGUCACACUUGCUUGCCUCCUCUUGGCCAUGGCCGGCUGCUUCGCAAACCUGAACGAGGUCCCUCAGGUCACUGUCCAGCCUUCUUCCACUGUCCAGAAGCUCGGAGGAACCGUGAUCUUGGGCUGCGUGGUGGAGCCCCCCUGGAUGAACACCACCUGGCGCCUGAACGGGAAGGAGCUGAAUGGCUCGGAUGAUGCCCUGGGCGUCCUCAUCACCCGCGGGACCCUCGUCAUCACUGCCCUCAGCAACCACACUGUGGGACGGUACCAGUGUGUGGCCCGGAUGCCUGCAGGGGCUGUGGCCAGUGUGCCAGCCACCGUGACACUAGCUAAUCUCCAGGACUUCAAGUUAGACGUGCAGCAUGUGAUUGAAGUGGAUGAGGGGAACACGGCGGUCAUCGCCUGUCACCUUCCUGAGAGCCACCCAAAGGCCCAGGUCCGAUACAGCGUCAAACACGAGUGGCUGGAGGCCUCCAGAGAUAACUACCUGAUCAUGCCAUCGGGGAACCUCCAGAUUGUGAACGCCAGCCAGGAGGACGAGGGGAUGUACAAGUGCGCUGCCUACAACCCAGUGACCCAGGAAGUGAAAACCUCGGGCACCAGUGACAGGCUGCGUGUGCGCCGCUCCACUGCCGAGGCUGCCCGCAUCAUCUACCCGCCAGAGGCCCAGACCAUCGUUGUCACCAAAGGCCAGAGUCUCAUCCUGGAGUGUGUGGCCGGUGGGAUCCCACCCCCGAGGGUCACGUGGGCCAAGGAUGGGUCCAGUGUCGCCGGCUACAACAAGACACGUUCCCUGCUGAGCAACCUCCUCAUCGACACCGCCAGUGACGAGGACUCCGGGACCUACCGCUGCAUGGCUGACAACGGGGUUGGGGAUCCCGGGGCCGCCGUCAUCCUCUACAACGUCCAGGUGUUCGAACCCCCCGAGGUCACCAUGGAGCUGUCCCAGCUGGUCAUCCCUUGGGGCCAGAGCGCCAAGCUCACCUGUGAGGUGCGAGGGAACCCCCCGCCCUCCGUGCUGUGGCUAAGGAACGCCGUGCCCCUCACCUCCAGCCAGCGCCUCCGACUGUCCCGUAGGGCCCUGCGGGUGGUCAGUGUAGGGCCCGAGGAUGAAGGCGUCUACCAAUGCAUGGCCGAGAAUGAAGUCGGGAGCGCCCACGCUGUGGUCCAGCUGAGGACCGCCAGGCCGGGCACCACCCUGAGGCCAUGGCAGGAUGCUAAGCCGGCCACUGCCACACCUCCUGUGCUCCCGCUGCCCGGACCCGGAAGCCCUGCCCAGAUGCCGAAGGGCCACCCAGGGGCCCUGAGGCCGCCAGCGUCGAUGCAGCCAGUGCCCUUGCCGUGCCUGGGAGAGCAGGGGCAGGCGGCCCCCGCCGAGGCGCCUGUCAUCCUCAGCUCGCCCCGCACCUCCAAGACUGACUCGUACGAGCUGGUGUGGCGGCCUCGGCACGAGGGCAGCGGCUGGGCACCGAUCCUCUACUAUGUGGUGAAACACCGCAAGGUCACAAACUCCUCUGACGACUGGACCAUCUCUGGCAUUCCAGCCAGCCAGCACCGCCUGACCCUCAGCAGACUCGACCCUGGGAGCUUGUAUGAAGUAGAGAUGGCAGCCUACAACUGUGCAGGCGAAGGCCAGACGGCCAUGGUCACCUUCCGAACUGGACGGCGGCCCAAACCUGAAAUCAUGGCCAGCAAAGAGCAGCAGAUCCAGAGAGAUGACCCUGGAGCCAGCCCCCAGAGCAGCAGCCAGCCGGACCACGGCCGCCUGUCCCCCCCAGAAGCUCCAGACAGGCCCACUAUCUCCAUGGCCUCUGAGACCUCAGUGUAUGUGACCUGGAUUCCACGUGGGAACGGCGGCUUCCCCAUCCAGUCCUUCCGAGUGGAGUACAAGAAGCUGAAGAAAGUGGGGGACUGGAUUCUGGCCACCAGCGCCAUCCCUCCCUCCCGGCUCUCGGUGGAGAUCACAGGCCUCGAGAAAGGCACCUCCUACAAGUUCCGAGUCCGGGCUCUGAACAUGCUGGGGGAGAGCGAGCCCAGCGCCCCCUCCCGGCCUUAUGCUGUGUCAGGCUACAGCGGCCGCGUGUACGAGAGGCCCGUGGCAGGCCCUUACAUCACCUUCACCGAUGCCGUCAACGAGACCACCAUCAUGCUCAAGUGGAUGUAUAUUCCAGCAAGUAACAACAACACCCCAAUCCAUGGCUUUUAUAUCUAUUACCGACCCACGGACAGUGACAAUGAUAGUGACUACAAGAAGGAUAUGGUGGAAGGGGAUAGAUACUGGCACUCCAUCAGCCACCUGCAGCCGGAGACCUCCUAUGACAUUAAGAUGCAGUGCUUCAACGAAGGAGGGGAGAGUGAGUUCAGCAACGUGAUGAUCUGUGAAACCAAAGCCCGGAAGUCUUCUGGUCAGCCUGGUCGACUCCCACCCCCAACUCUGGCCCCGCCACAGCUACCACCCCAUGAAACCAUAGAGCGGCCGGUGGGCACAGGGGCCAUGGUGGCCCGCUCCAGCGACCUGCCCUACCUGAUCGUCGGGGUCGUCCUGGGCUCCAUCGUCCUCAUCAUCGUUGCCUUCAUCCCCUUCUGCUUGUGGAGGGCCUGGUCUAAGCAAAAACAUACAACAGAACUGGGUUUUCCUCGAAGUGCCCUUCUGCCCUCCUCCUGCCAAUACACUAUGGUACCACUGGGAGGGCUCCCAGGCCACCGAGCCAAUGGGCAGCCCUACCUCAGUGGCACCAGCAGACGGGCCUGUACCAAUGGGGUACAUGUGAACAGGGCCUGCCCUGCAGCUACCAUGGGCUACCCAGGCAUGAAGCCUCAGCAGCGCCGCCCAGGGGAGCUUCAGCAGCAGGAGGACACCGACAGCACGCUGAGGCAGACCGUUCUUGGCAGUGGAUGUGACCCCCCCAGUCACCAGAUUCCCAGGGCUCCCAAGUCUAACCCGGACGAGGGCUCUUUCUUAUACACACUGCCCGAUGACUCAGCUUGCCAGCUGCUCCAGCCUCAGCAGGACUGCCACCACCUCCAGGGGCAGCCAGCAGCCACGGGCCAGCCCGGCAUGAGGCGUGUACCCCAGGGUCCUGGGCUGGAAGCCACGUGGGACCCUCUUUCUCACCCAGGGUCCCGGUGCUGCUUGGCCCUCGUACCGGUUGAAGAGGUGGCCAGUCCUGACUCCUGCCCUGCAGGGAGAGGAGACUGGUGUCCCCAGCACCCCGUGGGCGCCUACGUAGGGCAGGAACUUGGGAUGCGGCUCUCCCCCAGCCCACCGGUUCACGUGUCUUUUGAAACGCCACCUCCUACAAUUUAG